AUGGACUCCGUCAGAGGCAGAGUAUACGCCGUAACCGGUCUAGGCGGAAUCGGCCUCGCCGUCGCCCGCCAACUACACUCCCAAGGCGCGCUCCUCUCGCUCGCAGAUCUAAACGAAAAAAUCCUCGAAACAGCCCGACAGACCAUCGAAGCGGAGUUCGGAUCCUCAACAGCCGAAACAAUCACCACAACCGCCUUGGACAUCAGCAACGUAACCGCCGUACAAGACUGGAUCGCCAGCACGGUCUCGCACUUCGGCCGGCUGGACGGCGCAGCCAAUAUGGCCGGCAUGAUCGGCAAGAAUCACGGCACUGGCAAAUUCGUCGACCAGGAUGAUGCAGAGUGGGAUUUGUUGAUGCGCGUCAAUGUUACCGGGUUGAUGUACUGUAUGCGGGCGCAGCUGAAGGCGAUUACUGCAACUGCCCCUGGGGGCAAGGGCAGUAUUGUUAAUGCGUCGAGUAUUCAGGGGUUGAGAGGGUUUGGGUUGCACGCUGUUUAUUCGACUACGAAGCAUGCUGUCACAGGCAUGACGAGGUCGGUUUCGAAGGAGGUUGGACCUGAUAUUAGGGUUAAUGCUAUUGCGCCUGGUUCUAUUCAGACACCUUUGCUGGAGAUGGCAAAGGAAAUUCAGGGUGGCAUCACUCUGCCGGACCUUAGUAUCCCGCGUAUUGGCAAGGGCGAGGAAGUUGCUCAGACUGUUGUCUUCUUGCUCAGUGAUGCUUCGUCGUAUACCACUGGACAGAUUCUUAGCGUUGACGGUGGGUGGGAAUAA